AUGCUGCUGUGCGGCACCGUCGAUGAGCUGGAGAGGCUGCCUGCAGGUACUUCUACGCUAUCCUAUUUCUUCUGCCAAGCGACCGAUGCGUGUCUGAAUAAUGCGAGGGCCGUGCUUCGCGGCCUCAUCUAUCAGCUCCUCGAUCAAGAGCCCUCUCUUAUCGGGCGCGUACGAAAGAAAUACGACCACGCGGGCAAGAAGCUGUUUGAAGACGCGAACAGCUGGGACACUCUAUCCAAGAUGCUUAUUAGCAUCCUGGAGGAACCAAGCCUAUAA